AUGGGCCCUAUUGCGGCACCUGCAGCGGUAAUCCCGAAGAAGACGGAUUACCAACUGCAGUCAUUGAUGGACUAUGGCGACAACCUACAGGAGUUCUUGGCAAUUUGCGCUCACCUUCCGACCGAGCUGAAGGACGACCUGAAGAAAGUCGCUACGCUGAGCGAAGAGACACACCGCCUUACGGCCGAGCUCAGCAGGGACCAGGCAGAGAUUCUCGAGAGGGCCAAGGCCAAAUACCGACAGAUGACACGACCUGAACAGCUCAAGAACCUUAUAGACGAGGAUGCCCUCCAGAAGUCACGAGAGAAGAGACGAAAGGUGGACGAGAGCGUUAGCGAGAAGGUAUCAAUCACCAAGAGGAUGUACGGUGCGCUGGACACCUGCAUUAAAAACAUCGACGACGAAAUCGACAAGCUGGAGAAGGACGUUAAGGAGAGCUAUGGGGCCAUGCCAGAUAUCCCAUCUCUGGCGCCGGAAAUGUUCGCGGAGCACAAGAAGACCGCCGCGGCGGCUGCGGCGGUGUUGGCGGCGGCCGGAGGGCUCGCCGGGCCGCAGACGAGGGCAGGGGUCGCGGCGUACCCGGCCGCGGCCUUGGCGGGGGGGGUCGGAGCUGGGGCGUUGGGAGCGGCAGCUGGCGGGGCAGUGAGGGGCAACGAUCUUCUCAGCACCAACGAGCCCGUUUAUUGCGUCUGCCGCCAAGUUGGUUGGGGAGACAUGAUCGGCUGCGACAACGAGGACUGUGAACACGGGGAAUGGUUCCACUACCACUGUGUUGGCCUUGAGAUGGUGGACCAGAAAGAGAUUGGUUUCUGGCUGUGUCCCGGCUGCUCGGUGGACGCUAGAGCGAAGGAGAAGAGGGAGCAGUUGGAGAGAAGGGCUACCAGCACGAACACCACCCCCGUCAAGCCGGCUGCUGCCGUCAAGUUGCCCGAGAACAACGACGACGACAACGAGGAUGAGGAAGACGAGGACGAGGGAGAAUCGAAAGUAGAUGCGGCUGCCAAGAAGAGUGAAGCAGAAGAGCGAGAAAAGGGUAGAGACCCAACCUCAAGCGGUGAAUCGGUAACUUCCGCCGGCAGAGGCGAAAACGGAGCGCAAGAAGCCCUGGCAGGGAAAGGGGGUGCAAAAGGCGGCGCUGCUGCUGGGAGUAGUACUCAAGCUUCAAGCUCCAUCCGAUGAAUCGCUUGGGAGUGUGUAGGACCCAAUUUGCGCGAUGCUAACGUGGUAGGACGUGUAAUGUUGGUUCAAUUUUUGCGAUUUGCACCGUAGCCCUCGUGCAAGACGGUAUCACAGUCUUCGGCUGACCUAACAUAAAAGAAUAACAGCACAGAUGCGAUGAGAGAUGUGCAGUGAUGUAAGUACCUCACCCGGAACAGACGUGCAUGCGAUAAGGGGUAUCUUGGCGGGUGGGGCUGGUUAUGUGUGGGUAGCCUCUCCAUCGUGAGUGAUCCGAGCGCGGGGCAUGUAUGUGGCACCACGCUGCUUGGGUCAUUUCCCGAACCAAUAUAGGCCUGUUGCUACGGUUUCUGUGGCAAUAUUCAUGGUAGGAAGUGGCAUGGUGAGCUGAUGCUGUUCUUUAGAAGUGGUAUACGCUCGUGGAUAUCUAUCACUGCAUGGGAACACUUGUAUGCAUACAAUCCGUAACACCGCUGGAGCUCUGCAUUCUGCAAGACCAACAGAGCAACAGCAGCUACACAACGCCUGGCGAGGCAGUACCAAUCCCCAGCGCGACAAUCAAAUUCACCCAGCAACAUACUUAUUUACACCUCGUCAAAGCUCUUGACGUGGAAGUUACAUGAAACCAUCCAGGAGCUACAAAGCCAACCUGCCGCACAGGCUACUGUAACCUUUACAGCAUGAUUUUGCGUUCUACCUUGUAAUCAACGCAACUGGUUAAAAACACACAUGCACUGCCGUGGUUCUAGAUAGACAUGCACUUCGUGGACGUCGCCACCGGGUGUGUGCACCAGACAACAACAAAAAGAGGCCGCAAAACACAUUUGGGGGAAACGGUUUCCUCUCCGAACGGCCAAUCAAGCAUUUGUUGCUGGCAGGCUGCCACGGGCUCCACGUGUUUUCCAAACACGGACCGUGAACUGCGUCAACUUCUUGCUGACGAGCGCUGUCCCAAAUGGAACGUCGUCAUCGC